AUGCUCUGCAAGAAAAUGGUCUUUGCGGGUCGACCGUCUCGCCCUGCAUCCUGCCUGGUCCUGGCCAGUGGCGGCCGGGCGCCUGCGUAUGCUAACUCCCGGGCUUUCAGUUCCUCGUUGCCUAGGAACAAGGAACGGCUCGUUAUCCUGGGGUCUGGAUGGGGCGGUUACGAGGUCCUUCGCGCAAUCGACAAGGAACGAUGGAACGUAACCAUGAUUUCGCCGAAUAAUUAUUUCAAUUUUACGCCGUUGCUCGCCAGCUGUGCCGUAGGCACUCUGGAAUUUCGGUGCGCCACCGAACCGGUGCGCCGGUAUUCGCCUGAAGUUGUCGCAUAUCAGGCGUGGUGCGAUCAUAUCGGUAAGCCCUGUCAAAGAUUCGGGGAAGAGAUCUUGAUUCUCGAGCGCUCUGCUACCGACAGAUUUUCGUCAGAAACGAUUGCAAUGUGUACGCUCAUCACCUUCUCCGCCCCGGGCAUGCCAGCCACGCCUCCCCUGUCAUUCGAGACGAGAUCAGCGCCCAAAGCUGAUGCCACUACAACUCAAUUCCCUGGGACUGGCACUCCCUUUACGCUCACGUACGACAAACUGGUGAUCGCAGUCGGGGCCUAUUCACAGACGUUCGAUGUUCCUGGCGUAAAGGAGCACGCCCAUUUCUUGAAGGACGUAAAAGACGCUCGGGCUAUCCGCACUCGGAUAUUAGAGUGUUUCGAACAGGCAAACCAACCAACUAUAUCAGACGUUGAGAGACGCAAGUUGCUCAAUUUCUGCAUCGUCGGUGGUGGGCCGACGGGUGUUGAAUUCGCCGCUGAGCUGCAUGACCUCUUGCAUACGGAGAUGGAACGCCAUUACCCGGGGUUAACUCGCUUUGCAAAAAUCUCAAUGUAUGACGUAGCACCGCAGAUUCUGGGGAUGUUCGAUGAAAGUCUCGUCAAGUACGCGGAGAAGACUUUCAAACGCGACGGGAUUAGUAUAUUCACUAGCCAUCAUGUUGAGCGUGUUGAGCCUGGAAAACUGUUUGUCAAGGAACAAGGAGAAGUCCCAUUUGGUCUCCUCGUGUGGAGUACUGGCCUUGCUCCGAAUCCUUUAGUACAGUCAGCGAGCGACGUGAAAAAGGACCUAAAGACCAGCAGCAUUAUCACGAACGACCACUUAAACGUUCUGAAAGAAGAUGGAACGCCGUAUUCAGACGUGUGGGCAAUCGGCGAUGCUGCGAUGAUUGAAGAUGCCCGCCUCCCUGCUACGGCCCAAGUUGCGAAUCAGAAGGCAAAGUACCUUACGAAGAAACUUAACAGGCUUGUAAAGGACAAAGAUUCACCCAAACCGUUUGAGUUCCACAACCAAGGCAGCCUGGCGUAUAUUGGAAACUGGAAAGCCAUAUAUGAUCGCUCUGGCACCGGGAACAAUGUCAUGAACAAAGAGACAGGUCGCCUUGCUUGGUUGCUUUGGCGGUCAGCGUACUUCACCAUGACACUGAGCGUCAGAAACAAAAUCCUAGUGCCAACUUACUGGUUUCUUAAUUGGAUUUUCGGCCGAGAUUUGACACGUUUCUGA